AUGAAUUAUGAAUCCUUUACCGUAAUUGAAACCGAAAACGGAAAGGAAAAAAAACAACUCAAAUUAUGGUCAACUUUUUUUACUGAUGCUGAAAAGGAUCUAUUAGAAAAUAAUAUUUGUCAACUAGAAACACCCGGAAUCGAUAAUGGAGGUUUCCAACUCAAAGCUUUAACUGAGAGGGAAAUUAAAGAAAAAUUUAUCAAAAAUAUUAAAGACCGUUUUAGCGGUGCAUUCUCCUCUGAAAAUGAUGCCAUCCUAGGAGAAAAUGGAAAAUUAAAUAAAUUAGGCAAUGAGGAAUUAUUAGGACGUCGAGGGAGUGUUUUAUUAUGUUUAGCCCGCUCCAUAAUUGGAACGGUUCAUGCUAAAGUUUUAGACAAAACUACUGAGAAAACACUAAAAAGCGAACUAAAAGAAUAUUUGGAGAAUUAUAUCGCUAACCAUACUAACGGCAGCGAGACCAUAAUUUACAAUGAUACCGGAGACAUUUAUGGAAAUUAUGCGAAAAUGAUUAAGGAGAUUAGAAAGCAAGCAUUAAUAACUAAAAAACAAAAAAAAGACCUCGAAGAAGCGGUUGAGUAUUUGGUUAGAUUAGACCAAAAAGGUUAUUCUCCUACUGAGGAUGCCAAAAAACUCACUUUCCUUAGAAAUGAAGACACUGAUAAUGCCGACUUUUAUUCUAAUAAUUUAGAGGAGAAAGUUCAAAAGUUAACUACUCAAUUGACCGACCCCACCGACCAAACUCAUGGAAAAGAUUUAACCGCCGAAGAAACUAUUCGCCGAUUUAUCAAAGAAAAGGAAAAAUCUGACCUAAAUGCUGCUCUUUCUACAGAAAUUGAAGAGGUUAUCAUUCGGGAACAAGUCAUUCAUUCUCCCGCGCCAGAAAGCGCCGAAUACAUUUUACAUUCUGAUAAAGAAGUAGAAGCAACUCGGAAUGUUUUAGAAACUAUUCAAGAAAUUUUGGCGAUUAAUAAAAAUGAUGAAACCGCUUGGCAGAAAUUAACAUUCGAAAAACUUACUACUUUAGAAAUUGAUAAAUCAGUAAAGUUAGAAAUACUUAUUAAUUCAAAGACCAAUGAUUUAUUAAGUAAAGCGGAAGAAAGAGUAAAAGUUAUAAAAAAAUUUAUUACCGACAUUUCACUUUCUACUGUCCGAACUGAAUUUCAUUAUUAUAAUUCAUUAAAAGAAGAAUUAGCCCGCGGAGAUGGAGGAUUUGAUAUUUGA